AUGUUCAGGAAAAACUUGAAGAAGGACCCCGAGCUGUUUCAGAACGUGUCGGAGGGGCUGCGGCGACUCUACCGGACCAAACUGUUCCCGCUAGAGGACACGUAUCGAUUCCACGACUUCCACUCCCCUGCACUCGAAGAUGCCGACUUCGACAACAAGCCCAUGGUCCUCCUUGUGGGGCAGUACUCCACCGGGAAGACCACCUUCAUCCGGCACCUCAUGGAACAGGACUUUCCCGGUAUGCGCAUUGGCCCCGAGCCGACAACUGACUCUUUCAUCGCGGUGAUGCACGGCGAACAGGAAGGGGUGAUACCGGGUAAUGCUCUGGUUGUCGACCCCAAGAAGCCCUUCCGCAAACUCAACGCCUUUGGCAACGCGUUUCUCAACAGGUUCAUGUGUGCCCAGAUGCCGAACCCCGUCCUGGAGAGCAUCAGUAUCAUCGAUACUCCUGGAAUCCUGUCCGGAGAGAAACAGAGGAUAAGCAGAGGUUACGACUUUGCCGCCGUGCUGGAGUGGUUUGCAGAGCGCGUGGACCGCAUCAUCCUCCUGUUCGACGCCCACAAGCUGGACAUCUCGGACGAGUUCUCCGAGGUGAUCCGAGCUCUGAAGAACCACGAGGACAAAAUGCGUGUGGUGCUGAACAAGGCGGACCAGAUCAGCACUCAGCAGCUGAUGAGGGUCUACGGAGCACUGAUGUGGUCUUUGGGAAAAAUCAUCAACACGCCUGAGGUGGUGCGUGUGUACAUUGGGUCGUUCUGGGCCCAGCCCCUGUUGGUCCCAGACAACAGGAAGCUGUUUGAGGCAGAGGAGCAGGACCUGUUCUUAGAUAUCCAGUCGUUGCCACGGAACGCCGCUCUACGCAAACUCAAUGACCUCAUCAAACGAGCACGCCUUGCCAAGGUACAGGCCUACAUUAUCAGCUCUCUGAAAAAGGACAUGCCAAGUGUGUUUGGAAAGGACUCCAAGAAGAAGGAGCUGAUAGCCAACCUGGGAGAAAUCUACCAUAAGAUCGAGAAGGAGCACCAGAUCUCACCUGGAGACUUCCCCAACCUCGCCAAGAUGCAGGAGCUGCUGAAUGGCCAGGACUUCUCUAAGUUUGCAGCGCUGAAGCCAAAGCUGCUGGAGGCGGUGGAGGACAUGCUCGCCAACGACAUUGCACGUCUCAUGGCGAUGGUGCGCCAGGAAGAAGCCGCCAUGCCCAGCCAGUCCGUCAAGGGUGGCGCCUUUGAGGGAACCAUGAAUGGUCCCUUUGGUCAUGGCUAUGGAGAGGGUGCCAGCGAAGGCAUCGAUGAGCUGGAGUGGGUGGUGGGUCGCGACAAGCCUACAUAUGAUGAGAUCUUCUACACCCUCUCACCCAUCAACGGAAAAGUGUCCGGCGCUGCAGCCAAGAAGGAGAUGCUGAAGUCCAAGCUGCCCAACACGGUCCUGGGAAAAAUCUGGAAGCUAGCAGACGUGGAUAAAGAUGGCCUCCUCGAUGAUGAGGAGUUCGCCCUGGCCAACCACCUGAUCAAAGUGAAGCUGGAGGGUCACGAGUUGCCGACCGCGCUGCCUGAACACCUGGUGCCACCAUCCAAACGCGGGACAGCCCUGGAGGCCUAGAGGAGGAGGAGGAGGAGAAGGAGGAGGAGGAGGGGCAGCCUGGAGACCAGCCAUGUCAACGCUUUUGCAUCAUGUUCAGGACUCUUCAGACAAAAGUCCAACCACAAGCAUGAACAGCAUCAUCCUCCAUCAAGCUGUGAGUCACCAGGCUUCCUGACACACCAUGAGGAGGUAUCGCUGUGAUCGUUUUCACCAGAGAGAGACUGGAGGGGUCGGGGGGGAGGGGGGAGGGUCCAUCUUUUGUGCAUUGGGAAUAAUAUUUAGGUAUCUGUUAGAAAUAAAUGAGUGAGGUUGAUUUGCAAACGGAUGAAAGGACAUUACCUGAUCAUGAACUGAUGGGUAGUUGGAAGUCGCAUGAUGGAGCUGAACAUGGAUUUGUGCAUCCUGUGUAAAAGAUGUCUUCUAAGUAUACAGUCCAUAUUAUUAUAUGUUGAUCCAAAGAAAUAUAGUUUUUUUUUCCAUUUGGAGAGAGAAAGAGGAAAUAAAUAAAAACAGCUAUUAGAAUUGUUUCAUCUAUAUUUUUGUAUUUCCUGACUGUUAACUUGGACUCUUUCCAAAUGCUUCCCUUUUUAUUAUUUUGCCAGGUAAAUAAAAAGGAAUACUGUACCAUCUGA